AUGCCGGAGGUGUCGGACGUGUGGCUGUUGGGGGUGGUGCUCACCGGUGAGACCACAUUCUGGCUGUGCGAACCAACCCACCUGAAGCCGUUAGCAGAGGACUGGAAGGCGAUCAACUGCCGAUGGUUGUAUCCUGUCUUGGAGAACUUGAGCGAUUUUGCCGAUGUGAGCGGCUUUGAGAGCACGGACGCCGUGUACGAGGUGGACUGGGUUGGGACAUCAAGAGUGCUGCGGCCCGCCACCCUGGCGUGGAACGUGCGGGGAAAGCGGCAGAAAGUCGGCGACACCACAUAUGUCUUCGUCCCUGCAGAGGAGAUUAAGCAGCUCGACGAGGCGUUUAAGCGGUUCGUGAAGCUAGAGGCAACGAUGAAGCCGCCGCCGCCGCGCAGUGUCAUGCCCUCGCCAUCUGCUGCUGAAACGCCGGCGCCUGGGGAGGCAAAAAUGAUGCUGACUCUCGACGCCUCGCCGUCUACGCCGGCCCAUCAGGAGGAGGAUGGUAAGGAUGAAAAACCGCUGGUAACUACGGCUUCACUCCUAAGCACGCAGUCGUCGGCGCCCGCUGCAGGUGAGGUUCCGCAUGAGACGGUGACGAAGGCGGAGGACGAGAGGAGCGCGUCGCGCCAUGCAGACAUCGACGGGAGCAUCGCCUCCUCGUCUGCACCGCACCCCCGAGCCUCGCAUCGCCGCGGCGUCACAAGCCUGUCGUCAUUUCCUUCCCACAAGCGACAGACGCCGCACCGCGGCACUACUAUCUACCAGGCCCCGGUGCACAGAAGGCCCACCGGCGAACACUGCAGCAGCGAAGCCUUUGAAUGGACCGAGAUGUAUCUUGUGCAUCGCGGUAGCGUUGACUAUCUCUGUCCGAAGGCAGCGGGUAACACAUUCGGCUUCCGACUGGACCGCGUGAUGCACGAUGGGUUCCCGGUGUUUUUGCUGUUCUCUAGCUCCCACAACUGCAGUGAGGCCAUCGACCCCAGCGCACGCGGUGUGCCGGUGUUUGAAAAAGCGCAGCUGAGCGGCGAGGCAGGCGAGGGGGCGGUGCGCAACUCAGUACUCGUGGUGACGCGCCUCAGCUCCAAGAAGCACCAGCCUUACUACCGCACCGACACCGGCCGCACCAUCGCAGGAAGUCGUCGCCGCCGCCGACGGGGCGACAACGAUAGCACUACCACCGAGGAGGACGAAGACGUUGACGACGAUGACGACGACGACGAUGACCCGGAAUCUGAUGAGACCUAUGGGGAAGAGGAGCAUCAAGUUGGGGCACAAGGAUCGCGCCGGCGUGCUGGGGAUGGGGCAGCAGCUACAGCAACACCCACAGCUGGUACCACCGCUCCCGCGGCUGCCAAGAAGCCAAAGGCAGAGGCCAAGGACCCCGCUGGCGAGAGCGCGGUGGCGGCAUCGGCGGCGCGGAGGAAGGAGAAGAGGAAGGCUGACGCUGCUGCUAAUAAGCCGCUUCAGGCAGUGAGCGUGAAUUUCUGGGCGGACCCGCAGUACACGGCCCCUGCACCUGAGCAACUGGCCAGAGAGUUCCCAUUCAAGUCGGAGGGCUCUGAUACGCCGCAGACGGUCGUGUUUAGCAACGGCAUCUGUGUCACCUACACGGCAUCUACCGCGGCGAAGCAUGCGCCACCGGAGAAGAAGCGAAAGACGGCCAAGCACGGCGGCGCGGCCGCCUCCUCAGAGGACAUGGACUUGAGCAUGCUCAACGAGCACAUCUUGAACGCAUUUGCGCAGGUGAAGAAGGACUGCGUGUAG